GCGCAUUGUGGCUGCGGGUGAACUAUCUCGCCGUGUAAACACUCUGUGGUGGAGCUGUGAACGCGGUGACUCAUGGGUUCAACAUCACGUCGUUGUCCUCCUGUUUACAGCUAAUUACACGCAGAGAUCUGAGGUGAAACCAGCUCCGCGGUCCUGUGGGAGUGUGUGACCAUGAACGUGUCACGGCACCGAGUCGUACGUCCUGUUUCCAUCCGCUGUUCUUUACGCAGCGCUCCUCUUCGCUGAUUUCCGCACGUUAGCAUCACUUGUAGCCACCCGUCCAGCAGGAUGUGCAGAGAGGGCGACGAGGCGCAGGAUGACUGCGGCUCCCGGGAGGAGUGGACGCUGCUGUUCUGGACCUCUCUGGCCGUCAUCGUCCCGGUCAUCAUCACGCUGUGGUGCAGCGCGCAGCGCUCCAAGCGGAAAACGCACAUGAAGGACUUCUUUCGUAAGAGCAAGCACGGCUGGCACUACACUGACCUGUUCAACAAACCCACCUACUGCUGCGUCUGUUCCCAGCACAUCCUGCAAGGCGCUUUCUGCGACUGCUGCGGUGUGUGCGCCGACGAGCUGUGCCUGCGCCGGGCCGACCGGAGCCUGUCCUGCAAGGAGAUCGUGGCUCCAUCCGGCCGUGAUGGGGCCAUGGAGCACCGCUGGGUCCGCGGAAAUGUGCCUCUGGCCAGUUACUGUGCCGUAUGUAAGCAGCAGUGUGGGACUCAGCCGAAGCUCUGCGACUUCAGAUGUGUGUGGUGUCAGACCACAGUGCAUGACGACUGCAUGGACAGCCUGGCCGAUGCAGACGUUUGUGACCUUGGUGAGUUUCACAGCCUCAUCAUCCCUCCUCACUACCUCUACCGGGUCAACAAGCUCCGCCGGCGUCACCCCGACGAAUACAGCAAGCUGGGGUCUUCCUGCGGCAGUGGAUGGACUCCAGUUCUGGUCUUGGCUAACACGCGUAGCGGUAACAACAUGGGGGAGGCUCUGCUGGGAGAAUUCCGUACCCUCCUCAACCCUGUGCAGGUGUUUGACCUAUCUGAGCUGACUCCCUCCAAAGCCCUCCAGCUGUGCACCUUGCUGCCCCCUGGCAGUGUUCGGGUGCUGGUGUGUGGAGGUGACGGCACGGUGGGCUGGGUGCUGGAUGCCAUCGACACUAUGAAGCUAAAGGGCCAAGACCAGUUCAUCCCGAGGGUGACCAUCCUGCCUCUGGGGACAGGGAAUGACCUCUCUAAUACUUUAGGUUGGGGAGCCGGGUAUGCUGGUGAGAUCCCCGUGGAGCAGGUCCUCCGGAACGUCCUCGAUGCUGAAGUGGUUAAAAUGGACAGGUGGAAAGUGCAGGUAGCUUCAAAAGGCCUCUACUUCCGUAAACCAAAGGUUCUGUCCAUGAACAACUAUUUCUCUGUGGGUCCCGACGCUCUGAUGGCGCUUAACUUCCACACUCACCGUGAGAAAACGCCCUCCUUCUUCUCCAGCCGCAUCAUCAACAAGGCAGUUUAUUUCCUGUAUGGCACCAAAGAUUGUUUAGUGCAGGAAUGUAAAGAUCUGGAUAAGAGGAUUGAGCUAGAGCUGGAUGGAGAGAGGGUGGUGCUGCCCAGUCUGGAGGGCAUCAUUGUCUGUAACAUUGGAUAUUGGGGGGGAGGCUGCAGACUCUGGGAGGGGAUGGGAGACGAACCAUGUCCCCCGACACGGCUGGACGAUGGGCUGCUGGAGGUGGUGGGAGUGUUUGGUUCCUUCCACUGUGCUCAGAUCCAGGUGAAGCUGGCCAACCCGGUCCGGCUCGGUCAGGCCCACACUGUCAGGCUGGUUCUGAAGAGUUCCAAGAUGCCCAUGCAGGUGGACGGGGAGCCAUGGGCCCAGGGUCCCUGCACCAUCACCAUCACCCACAAGACCCAGGCCCUCAUGCUGUACCACAGCGCCGAGCAGACGGAUGACGAUGAUGAUGAAUCCAGCGCCUCUGAGACAGAGAGCCCGACCCCUCAUGACUCCCCCAGACCCCCGGGGCCGGCCUCGGCUCGCGCAUGACCCACCCUGAACAUCAUGUGAUAUGAAGCCUUUCUUAUCCUUUUGCUUCUUUCAGCCCCAUUCUCCUUAAUUCCUUGUGUGCAUUAGUCGUCCUCCUCCCAGGUCUUUGUCCACACAGUCACACUGAUGUGCACAGAUGAGUUAGAAAGAUUAGUUUGGAACUGAGCUGCUGUGUGUUGUUUUUGAUCUUUUAUCUUGUAACCCAGAGCUCAGGCAGUUUCCCCUCUGCAGGUGGGGCAGUCAGGAGGUGAACGUUAUGGUGAAUGAUUGCUGUUUAUUUGCACUGAGCCCAUGUGCCAUAGAUAGUCUGUAGUGUAUUUAUUCUACUGUAUUUACAACUGAACGCUCAGUGCAGCCCUGCAGGUAUCAGUGAGCCAUUUUAAUAGGUUGCCCAGGUUCAGUUGAUCCAGUAAAGCCAUGUUUAAAAUCAGCAGCAGGUUGAAGAAGUUGAAAGACAGAAAUGUACUGUCACAUGGUGGUUGUGGAGCUCUGAUGAAUGGUUUAUUUCUUCAAAACUUAUCCACACAAAGCACAAACAAUCAGACACAUUUUCUGAGAAGCGCUAAGAUGUUAAAAAGAGUCCUCUUUUAGGCUCCUCAUCACAUCGUUGAUAGUUUUUAUUCUCCUGCUUUUGUGGCUAAACUUUGUUGUGUGUGUGUAGGCUGAGGUCUGAUAUGUGUUGUCAAUCACUGGACAUCGAUUUGUUUACUUCAUGAAGUCUCAAGUAGCUUGUCCACAAUCUUAAAACUGUAUGUGAUGCUCCUGCAGGAAACAGCCUGACUUGUUAGGAAAGUGCUGCCAAGUAGCUGUCGUUCAGAGGAUUCAUUUUGCUAACAUGUAAAGCCUUUUGUUUUUCCUCGUCUUUACACAGUUCGUCCCGUUUACAUAUUUUGUGUUGCACUGUUUUGGCACUUACACUGAUGAAAACCUUACACUGCCUAGGCCAUAGCUUAUAUACAGACAUGAGCAAAUGUUUACACACACUUGUAAAGACCACGCAUAUCAUGGCAGUCUUGAGCUUCCACUGACUCCUAUAACUCUGAAUUUUCUUUAAUGGAAUCAUUGAAAAAAAAAUUGUUAUAGGAAUAAUUGGAAACUCAGGACUGUCAUGAUAUACAUGGUCUUUGCAAGUGUAUGGAAACUUUUGUUUACAAGUGUACAUGGAACUGUGACAUUGACUUUUGAUGUUACUGCCCAUAGUUAGAACUGCUGAUGAGAUUAUGCUAUCCCAUGUUGUUCUUUCACAUUGUUCAAGCAGUCCUCUUGCCUCCUUGUUUGUGUUUUACCCAGUAGUCACCACAAGGUGGCGACGUAAAACCAGUAUUUUUGUAGACAGGAAAAGUAGAGUUGGUCUCAAAUCUCUAUAUUUCUGUAAUUAUGCCAUCACUUGCAUGUCUGUGUGGUGUUCAGGGGGCUUUGGUCUACCUGUGGAGUUUCACUGACUGCCUCUUUGCUGCAUAAUGUCUGCAAGAGGACAUUUGUGUUUCUGUGUGUCAGAUAGCCAGGAAAAAGAAUUUUGCCAUUUUGAGGUGGUCCUGUGUAUUGCAGAAUGUUUGUUUGUUGCUCAGAGCCAUACCCUAAAAGUCUUUAGAAUGUUAGUUUGUGCUUUGGAGCUGAUUUGCUGCUCAUAAGGCUGAACAGGGAUCAGUUUUUAGCCGCAUGAUGCCUACGCUUUUGAAAUAUGCACCUCCUCGGCAGGUAACCAAACCUUGUGGUUUCAUCACACUCUUUUUGUUUGGUGAAUGUCUUGUUGCUCAAGGACACCUGUUGGAUCAUGUACCCAACAUCCGUGUUUACCAGAGUUGUUUGUGAUGUGUUGCACUGAAUUUGUUUAAAUGUAAGUAGAGCUUAACUGAUAUUGGAUUUUCAGAUACUGAUAUUGGUAAUAUAUAUGUUAUAUUUAGAACCUGGCCGAUAUUAUUGAAUUACAUUGGCCUGUCACAGAUAUAUUGAUAUCACUGUAUAUGUUGUCGAGAAAUGCCUUCUUCUACAGAACAUAAUACAGUCGACUCCAUUGUUUGCAAUAGUCUUGUCAGCACUGUGUGCAGCACAUGUAGCAGAACACAUAUUACAGCUGAGCAGGUGGUGAUGCGGAGUCAAGUGUCUUUUUGGCAAGUUGCUGACUCCUUUGUGAAAUACAUCACUGGAAAUGUAAUAAACAAUGACCCCAUUAUUUUCCUUUUUCAGUAUGAAUCUAACAUAAAUAUAAACAAUAUCUGCAGUAUAUCGUUAUCAGAAUAUGAUAUUGGACCCAAAAAUCCAGUACCGUUUAGGUUCUAGUUAUAUUGUUCUAGUUAUAUUGUUCCAGUUAUAUUUAAAAGGGAAAAUGAUGAGGUCAUUGUUUAUUAACUUUUCAGAAAUGUAUUUGACAAACUAGUUAGCAACUUACUAUGAAGACAUACACUACCAGUCAAAAGUUUGGACGCACCUUCUCAUUUAAUGGUUUUUCUUUAUUUUCAUGACUUUUCACAUUGUAGAUUUUUACUGAAGGCAUCAAAGCUAUGAUUAAACACGUGGAAUUAUGUAGUAAACAAAAGAGUGUAAAAUAAGUCAAAACAUGUUUUAUAUUUUAGAUUCUUCAAAAUAGCCACCCUUUGCUUUGAUUAUCGCUUUGCACACUCUUGACAUUCUCUCCAUGAGCUUCAUGAGGUAGAACCUGAAAUGGUUUUCACUUCACAGCUGUGCCUUGUCAAGGUUAAUUUGCACCACUAUCUGCUCAGCUUUAAAACGUACUCUGCUACAUGUGCUGCAGACAGUGCUGACAGUGUUGUAAUCAGUGGAGUGUGAACCAUUCUCCAGGAACUUUUUCUGUAUUAUGUUCUCUAAAAGAAAGUUUUCAUAUUGAACAACACAUACGUCAAUACCUACAUAUCUGUGACAGGCCGAUAUCAUCCAGCUGGUAUAUCGAUGGGGCUCUCCUUUUAGCCACGCUAGCAGUGUGGUUUUAGUUCACAUGUCAAAUAUCAGAACUGUCUCCACAGAUUGAAUCUUUGCAACCAUCAAACUUAAAGCCCCUCUCCGGUCAUUAAUUAAAUCCCCAAUAAACUUAACUCCGUGUAACAAAGUUACACAUUUAGAGAGAUUUUUUCCCUCGAAAAUGACCCCGUCCUGCUUUAAAAUGGCCUAGAUGUGACAUUUUUAUUCACAUUUCCAAGCAUGAUGGAAUGGAAACUGCAGAAUUUGAUAAAGCAUCCUAAAGUUUUCAGAAAAGUUUUCACACUUGCGUCAGUUGGUUUUUGACUUUGUCAAAAAAGCGCCAGUCCGCUUCAUGUGAGAUGGAAACACCUUUUCUGAUGAAGUUCAUAAGGUGUGAACACUUAAUUCACAUGACUGAUUAGCUGUUUCCGCUGUUUCUUCAUUUCCAGUAGCAUGAAACAUCAUGAGCAGUACCAGCUGACAUAAAAGAAUAUUUACAAUUUGCAUGACUGAAAACAAUACCUGAAGACUUCUCUGCAAUUUUGUCUCAUAGAUGGACAGAGUCAUGUUUGUUUCUUCUUCAAGGUCUUUUGGGAAACAAGUGGUGUAAUUUCUGCCCUCUUCUUGUCUGUGUAUUACAGCUAUACAAAACAUCGUCAAUACCGCCAACUUGGCACAACUCUACACAACUGAGUUUAUUCACUCCAAACCAGUUUAUGGAAAAAUGCCUAAUCCACGCUCUUUGUAAUUUUUUUGGGGAACAAACGCAGAGGAAGAAUAAUGAUGCAGAAAAUCCCAUCUUGUUGACAGGAUUGAUUCUUUUAAGUUUGUUACGUAUGAAAACCUGAAAGUCUGAAUAACACCAUUUUGACAUGCUAAAAAGCUAAAAAAACAAAAAAACAAAAAACUGUAUUUUGAUUGGAGGGAAUCUCUAAAUUUAAAAGGUGACACGGCCAAACUCCUACCACAAUUUGUCUCAGCUGCAACUGCAGUCGAGACUAACACUAUGCUAACAUGCUAAAUAUUAGCAUGUUAGCAUCAUGCUGAUCCAGGAAAACACUCCCUUAAUAAGCACAGACAUAAUCAUGUCGCUGGUUAUGUGGACAUAUAUGGACAUUUUUAGGAAAUAAUAUACCAAAUAUGUGGGAUGUAAAUUUAUUCAUGUAUCAAAAUGGUGUUUUCUUUGUUGCACCAGUGUUGAGAAUUUAACACCACGGUGCUUUCUCUAGUUUUUAACCAUCUUAUAUAACAACCACCUCACUGUGAUGCUAGCGUGGUUAAUAAUGACAUUUCCUCGUUUUAUUGUGAAGGGUCGAGGGACGGUUGUGACAUUGGUUGUGUUUAAUGCUCUCAGUUCAUAGCUGACGGUUUACAAUUUGUGAGAACUUAACAUACAUUUAUUCCUGUUUAUAUUCAAACAGCCAAACUGAGUGAAACUGUGUCAUACUGUGUAGCUAUCUAUAGCUAACGUUAAAUUAUUAGCACUGGGCUUCUGCAUUCGAAAGUCAGUUAACUGUCACAAUUUAUCACGUUAAAUGUACCAAAAUGCUUUCAUUAUUAAUGUGCAUUGGAAUAUGCUUAUUUCUUUGCUGUCGAGUAUGUGUAAGAAUAACAAAAAGCUGUAAGCUGAUAAGAAUCUGCAGAAAACAUACAUAAUCUGCUUAAUUUUGAUGACAACGCGAUCCUAUUUAGAAGCUUUAUGUGGAGCAGGAAUGAACAUAGAAAGAGAGAAAAUAAGCUUUUAUUGCUAACAAUCAUUCAAAACAGAGCUGUUUACAAAGUAAAAGAGGGUUUGGUGAAUUACUUGUACUACAGGUGACAAAAAUCGAUUUUGAUUGACAUGAAUGUAACGAAGCAAACUUUUGAAUUUGAAGACAUUCCCAUAAAUAUUUUCAUAUAUAA